GCUGCUGCUGGCAGCUACAGGAUGAAGUCGCCUCCCUGCUGCAUGUCUCUUUCUUCCCAAGCAUCCUUGGAGGACCCAGGGAGUAGUACAUCCCUGGGUUCGCUGGAGUCCAGUGUUUUCUCCAGUGAGGAAGAGCAGGGGCCCCUGCUCCAGAAGGUCAUUCCCUCUCUGGACUGCUUUACUAUCAAUGUAGGAGGCAGCCGCUUUGUGAUGUCCCAGCAAACUUUGUCUUGCUACCCUGACACCCGCCUUGGCAAACUGGCAGUAGUGGUCUCUGCUGCACGGGAUGUGGCUUCUGGCCUCCUUGAGCUUUGUGAUGAUGCUAACCUUGUGGAGAAUGAGUAUUUCUUUGACCGGAGCUCACAGGCAUUUCACUACAUCCUGAAUUACUACCAGACAGGGAGGCUGCAUGUGAUGGAGCAGCUUUGUGCACUCUCUUUCCUCCAAGAGAUCCAGUACUGGGGUUUGGAUGAACUCAGCAUUGAUUCCUGCUGCAGAGACCGGUACUUCAGGAGGAAGGAGCUGAGUGAAGCCUUAGACAUCAAGAAAGAUGCAGAAGAACUGGAUGCCCAAGAUGAAGAAGAGGAUUUUUCUGGUAGCCUCUGUCCCAAUGUCAGACAGAAACUUUGGGAAGUUUUGGAAAAGCCUGGCUCCUCUGCAGCAGCCAGGACUUUUGGCACUUUGUCCAUGGUUUUUGUUGUUGUGUCAAUUGCCAACAUGGCCUUGAUUUCAGUAGAGCUCAGCUGGCUGGCCCCACCACUGCUGGAUGCCCUAGAGUACCUGUGCAUCGCUUGGUUCACAGCGGAGUUUGUUCUGAGGCUCCUGUGUGCACGAGAUCGGUGUCGCUUCCUAAGGAGUGUGGCAAACAUCAUAGACCUCCUUGCAAUUUUGCCUUUCUACAUCACCCUGCUGGUGGAAAGCCUGUGUGGUGGUGAGAGCUCCCAAGAACUGGAGAACGUGGGGCGCAUUGUCCAGGUGCUGAGGCUUCUCAGAGCCCUGCGGAUGCUGAAGCUGGGAAGACAUUCAACAGGUUUGCGGUCUCUUGGGAUGACUAUUGCUCAGUGCUAUGAGGAGGUUGGACUUCUGCUUCUUUUCCUCUCUGUAGGAAUCUCUAUAUUUUCCACUGUGGAGUACUUUGCUGAGCAAGGUGUGCCAGGCACAACUUUCACAAGCGUACCUGGUGCUUGGUGGUGGGCAACAACUUCCAUGACAACAGUUGGUUAUGGUGACAUUAGACCAGACACUACCAUUGGUAAGGUAGUAGCCUUUAUAUGUAUACUAUCAGGAAUACUGGUUUUGGCUUUGCCAAUAGCUAUAAUAAAUGACCGUUUUUCUGCCUGUUACUUUACACUGAAGAUAAAAGAGGCUGCUCUUCGGCAGCGUGAAGCUUUAAAGAAACUCAUGAAGAACUCAUCCAGCGAUUCAAAUAUCAAUGUUAAUUUGCGAGACAUAUACGCGCGCAGUGUCAUGGACAUGUUGCGGUUAAAAAGCAGAGAGAGAGCAAGUACAAGGAGCAGUGGUGCAGAUGAUUUUUGGUUUUGACUUUGAAGUUAUUUAACCUUGUGUAGCACACAGACUACUUCAGAAAUAUAGUAUUAAGUAUCUUUUUUUAUUAUUUGCUACACAGUGUAUUUGCUUUUCAUAAGGUGGAGUUUUACUUGCUUGGACAGACUGAAAUAUCUAUUGUAUACAAAAGGCAGAAUUCAUAAGGUGGAAUCUCUCAAGGAGCUCUAAAACCUGCUUUCAGAACUGGUUCGUGGUAGGUGAGAUUGGAAAUAAUGGAUCCCUGAAAAUAAAACAAUGAUACAAGUGUUUGUCUAAUCUAAAUACCUACUAAUGUAUCAUAAUAAAGUCUUGUUGAAAAUU